AUGGCCAACCUCCCUGUGAAGGUGCACCUCACCUCGCACCCGUACUGCCUGAGGAUCCGUGGGCACGCAGUGUAUGAGGACGAGGACCAGCGCACGUGGCUGCAUCUUGUCGUGGACACAGUAGGUGUCCUGCAAAUACUGUUGCACCAGGAAUACAUCCCCAGUGAGGAUAUCGAAGUCACCAACAGCCCACUGACCUCUAUCAUCAUGCCUUGGAUGUGGAGGCUCAACCCUGUAGGCCAGUACGUGGACCCCAUGUGCCGGUUCUGGCGCAUUGUGCACCACGUCAAGGAGAAUGGCGUGGAGGAAAUGAUCCUUGAGCUGCGGGCAAACACAUAG